GCUUUCGGGAUCUAGACACAAUACUAUACCAUAUGCGUACUACACGAUAUAGUGCAAUGUCCGAACUACCAUCAUCACAAUUCAAGCUCGUACCAGGAAGUCUCACCACGAAAAGCUAAUAUUAAGACAAAUUUUCCAAGUGGCAUGAUGUCAUAUCGAGGCUGGCUAGUAUUAUUUUGCUGUUUGUUAUCGAGUUACCAUGGUAACGCAUGGCAGGACACGUGCAUUAUCGGGUGUGCUUGUGCUGGAACGACAAUAGAGUGUCGAGGUCUGGAGCGAGAAACAUUCCCCGCGAACUUAGACCCAGACACGGAAGUCCUACGUAUCAGAGAUUCAAAAAUAUCCUAUAUUCAGAGAAACGCUCUGGCCAAAAUGCGUCGACUUCAGGUUCUGGAGAUAUAUUCCUCUGAGAUAAUCUACAUUCAGACUUGUGCUUUUGCAGGAAUUUCAAAUUUCACUUCCGUCACGUUUUCGAGAAAUAAUAUAACAAGCAUUGUUCAGAAUGCUUUUGCCGUCAUUGAAAAUGUACAAGAUCUAGUGUUCGAGGAUUCGGUGGUAGGUACCAUAGCUACACGAGCCUUCACCAAACUGCGUGACGUAAUGACUUUUCGUUUCACCAAUCUCACUGUCAACAAACUUGAGCGGGAAGCUGUAGAUGACGUUAGUGGCAUAAAGAAUUUCCAGAUCGAUUUCAAUAAAUUCGGUUAUGUCGGUCAAUCACCAUUGAACAAUUUAGCGAACGUCACAUUGAACAUGAGCGGGAACAUUUUCCCAAGCCAUUGUGGUGUGGCUGAUAUCUUCCCCGACACCACUCAGGAGACCAGCGUCUCUAUAUAUUUCCGGCACAACGUCAUCAAGCUAUGUGCAUGUAACAUGAGCCUUCUUGUCUUGCAUCCAGCACCAGUAGCCGAUAUGGACCAAAAUAUAUGUUCAGGGCCACCGGAAGUAGCUGGGAUUUUUUUCACUGAACUUUCCGAGACGCCAUUUUGUCGUGCUGCAGGGGCCAACAGAACGACACACUUGUGGUGUCCAGUGACGCGUCAGAUGCCUGUACAUCACAAUUGCCACGCAUUCGGAUCCCCUCUGAUCCCACUCGAGGAGGUCGAGGAUCCUAGAGUAGCUGAAGAUAAAAAUGGCAACAAUAUUGCCCCAAAUUUCCAGAGCAAUUUGUAUAUGUUUUCAAUUACAUUUACUUUGCUUUCUAUCUUUUCCUAUUGAGGUGACAUAGGAAGUCAAUAUCACACACUGGUGAAGUACUUCAUAAACUAACAAUUUCUGAAAAUCAUUAUUCACUUGGACCAUGUCUUUAUCUGUUUGUUAAGAUGAAUGAAUACUUAAUAAUUCUGUCUUUUAGUACCAAAUAAUUGCUAGCAUUGAUAGAAAAACAGAAGAUUAUUCCCCAUGAUUGUUGAUAUAGAUAGAUCAUUUUAACAUUUAUGAUGCUUCGAACACAUUACGAUAUGAUAUACGUCCCUAUGAAGGCCAUCGCGACAUGUUACAGCAGUGAGGUCGUUGACAUGUUUAAUAUAGAUGAUACAUAGCUCCAAGGACGCGCUUUCCCACAAAAGCAAUCCAUUCCAUGCAAUCAAAUAAAAUCCUUGCAAGCAACUAAAUCAAAACGUCAUUGAAAACAUGCAUGUAUGCACAGGCAACGACUAGUACUGAAUAUUCCUUGUGUUUAGGGAAAGCUUUGAUCCACGAAAUUGCUUUGGGAUGUUCGAAAAAGAUAGAUUUUAUUUCGUUAUCUGAGAUAUAGUCGUGGACAAAUUCAGUUGAUACAUGUAGUUAAAUGUGCAAUUCUGCCUUUUAUACCAAAGACAUACCCAGAGGUAUAUGUUCUUAUCGACCAUAGUAAAAUAUGUAUGUUAUUCUAUUUUUAUUUAAUGCUUGUGACCCAGCUUGGAAAUAACCAAGUACUGAAAUUUAUGUUCAUAAAAUGUCAAUGUGUUUAUGACGCAGUGUCUACGUCACUAUUUUUUUCUAUGUAUGAUUCAUGUAUUGUUUAAGUGUUAUUGUAAUGUUUAAUCCUGCACUUCAAAGCGCGCGGACGGACGGUCAAGGUCCACUUGCGGGGUAUAUUGUUUGUCUGUUGAAUCCGAAUUUCAAAUAUGUUUUAAUUCUGUUCAUUCCAUCGCUAAAAAGCACAUGCGAAGUGUGAGAUUUUAUUUUUUUACCCAAUGAAUCGGUGUAUGUACCCCACAAGGAUGUUGAGUGAGUACUCCUGUCCAUCCGUCCGUCACACUUACAUUGUAUGAACCAUUUAGGACAUUUUCGUCCUAUAUACUGGUGGAUAUUUUACAUGGAAUAAAAAACGCAGCUAUGAAAGAAUUUGUUUUCUAA